GCGUGGGGCCGCGACCGGGCGAGGCGGUGCCGGUAUCCGCAUUGGCACCGCCCCUCGUGGCAACUGAGAGGUGCCCAAUGGACGCCUGUUUCGUCAUCACGUCGUGGUACUUACACUGAGUCACAUAGUCUGGCAUACAGGGAGGGACGCCCGGCGGCGUCCGUACGUUACUGCCCUGCGCCGGAAGGCCAUAUUUUCACGUUCUCUUCCUUCAUCUCCCACCCCUUCCCUGGUACCAUAAAAUCCCGGGGUAUGAGCCGGAAGAGGCAUCGCCUGGUCCCGGAGGCCUUUGGACUGAAGAGGCGGCGGGAGCGAGGGACUGAAGAAUCGGAGCCUUUGGGGGGCGAGUCAGGGUCGGCGCGCGCGGCAGUCUCGGAGCUAGUGCAGCUGUUCCCGCGAGGCCUCUUUGAGGAUGCGCUGCCUCCCAUGGUGCUGAGGAGCCAGGUGUACAGCCUGGUGCCUGACCGGACGGUGGCAGACCGGCAGCUGAAGGAGCUUCAAGAGCAGAGGGAGAUCAGAAUUAUCCAGCUGGGCUUUGACUCGGAUGCCCACGGAAUUAUCUUCACUGAGGACUACAGGACCAGAGUCCUCAAGGCCUGUGAUGGGCAACCGUAUGCUGGGGCAGUGCAGAAGUUUCUGGAUUUGGUGCUUCCAGCCUGUGGGGACCUUAGUUUCCAGCAGGACCAAAUGAUACAGACCUUUGGCUUCAGGGACUCAGAGAUCACUCCCACAACUGGGCGUGUGUCAGGGCAUGAGAGGAGGGCUUCUGAGAGGAGAAGCUGUUUGAACGAGCAUCUGGUGAAUGCUGGAGUGUUCAACGUCCGAGAUGCUGGGAGCUGGUGGCUAGCUGUGCCUGGAGCUGGGAGAUUCAUCAAGUACUUUGUUAAAGGGCGCCAGGCCGUCCUCGGCAUGGUCCGCAAGGCCAAGUACCGGGAGCUACUCCUAUCUGAGCUCCUGGGCCGGCGGGCACCUGCUGCGGUGCGUCUUGGUCUUGCCUACCAUGUGCACGACCUCAUUGGGGCCCAGCUGGUGGACUGCAUCUCCACCACUUCUGGAACCCUCCUCCGCCUGCCAGAGACGUGAGGAUUCUGCUCAUCAUUGCACAGCUCCCUAGAGUGGGCUGAGAGGGGCCCUGGAGUGCUCCCCGAUGGUGGCUGAGACACGAUCACCUUGGGAAGGCUCGGGAGCCAGCAUGAGUGUUGGGCUCUCACCCAACAUCUGACCAAAGGGUCAGAUGUGACUGCUGCUGUUUGCCUGGCUCUGAGCCAGUGGUGGGGUUUGGCUGAUGCUCCUGGGCCCUUCUGUGGAAGAGGAGCCAGAAACGGUGCCAAGGCCGUGGCUGCUGCCUUCCAUGUAGAAAGGGGCUGUUGUUCCUCUCUCUUGAGAUAGGAUGGUGGGAUUUUUGGGAAGGCUGGUGAAGGAGGACAAGGUUCUUUUCCCUACAUGUUGUGUUGAAAUUGCCAAAUAAAGUACUGCCUGUGCUAUUUUCUGGA